UCUGUCUCUUCCCUUAAUCUCGCAUUGUCAAGGUCUUAAUGGCGGGCCUGGUAUCCAUUGAUUCAAGAGUAUAAGACAUCAACAACAGAAUGUGAAAGACCUCUUGGUGUUGGGUCCACGAUAAGCGCGGCCAUUGCUCCACUGGCAAACCGGACGCCACGCUAACCAGAAACUCAACAGCAGCACUUCCAUCAUUAUGAUUCUUUUGAACUGAUAACCCCUCAAUUGUCUUUUCCUUACUCAGACUACAGGUCCCUCCCAAUCAUCUCAUCCUAAAUCCCUUCCUUUCAAUGUCUAUCCCCCCUACAACCCCGGCCAUUGAUCAAAUGAUCCCUGAAACCUUUUCCUAUGGGACUAACCAUGUCCUCCAAACCGUAACAGUGACCACCUUAUCGGCUCUCCCCGACAAAGGCUACUGGGUGAUCUGCAUCCACGGCGGCGCUUGGCGUGACCCCACCCAAACGGCCCUGAACUACCUGACGCCAGCGGUCUCCAUCCUGGCGGCGUCGGAGCCGUACACCUCGACCACGCACGCCCACCUCGCCGGCUUCGCCUCCAUCAACUACCGCCUGAGCCCGCACCCAGACCACCAGCAGGACCGCACCACCACCCCGCCAACCGAGUACCGCGCCGCGCGCCACCCGGACCACAUCGCCGACGUGCAGGCCGCGCUGGCCUUCCUGCAGCGCAAGUACGGGUUCGGGGAUCGCUACAUCCUCGUCGGGCACAGCUGCGGCGCCACGUUGGCAUUCCAGUCGGUUAUGGGCGCGUUCCGCGGUCACCGGUCCACUUCUGGGAGUGGGCUGGUUGAUGGGGAUGGUGAUCAUGAUGAUAGCGGCAACAACGGUGCAGUUGGAGGGGGCGGUGGCAUCGGAGUCGGCGGCGGGUCGGUGGCGAUGGGCCCCCAGGCGAUUUUGGGGACGGCGGGCAUCUAUGAUCUGCGGGGCUUGCGGGAUGACCAUGUGCGGAUCGCGGCGUACCAGCAGAUCAUCGAGGGGGCGUUUGGCGGCGAGGAAGCGCUGUGGGAUGCCGUGUCGCCGGCGGCGGUCAGGGAUGGGCAGAAUGGUGUGGUGGGCGGGUGGACGGCGGGCCGGUUGGCGGUGCUGGCGCACUCGCCGGAGGAUGAGCUGGUCAAUACGCGUCAGCACGAGGUAAUGAGGGAUGCUUUGGGGCCUUGGGUUGAGGCGGCGUCCUCUUCGUCUCAAGGUAGCAGCAGGAGGAGGAAGGUCGAACUGCUCCCCAUCAAGGGGGCGCAUGACGAUUGCUGGGAAAAAGGUAUCGAGCUGGCGCGGGCCAUUACCUUCACGCUGGACAAGCUGCUCGAAUUGCAGGAGUGAGAGAGAGAUUGGGAAUAGUUUUUUGUACUGUAUAUACGGAGCUUCAUACACGACUUAUAGACUCACGUGGAAAUGCAUUUACG